AUGGCCAAUAACGAAGUUCGUAUGGAAGAUAAUAGUGAAGUUUAUACAGACGAUAAUAUUGAAGUUGAAAAUAUAAAUAGUAUGUACCUUUACUUAAAAUUCUGUGUUAAACGUGAUAAUAAUAUCAUAAGAUAUAGGUCUUUGGGGUGUGAAUUUGGAGGAAAGUAUAGUUCAAAAAAGAACAUUGAUAUUAAUACCUACCAUGACCGAAAAUUGAAGCAUCAAGGAUGUAAAUGGCAUGUGAAUUUAAAUUUUCCUAAGAAUACUACUU